CAUGCUAAACGACUUUGAUGUCAGAGCUCCCAUCAGCCCUCUACACCUCGCUGCGUACCACGGCCACCACCAUGCUAUGGAGGUCCUGGUUCAGUCUCUGCUGGAUCUAGACGUGAGGUACCUGUCUGCCUUAAAAAGCCAUGUGGAGUGUGUUGACGUCCUCAUCAACCAGGGAGCCUCCAUCCUGGUUAAAGACUUCACCCUGAAGAGGACCCCCAUUCACGCUGCAGCAACCAACGGUCAUUCGGAGUGUUUGCGUUUGCUGAUUGGAAAUGCUGACCUCCAGAGUGCAGUGGACGUUCAAGACGGGAAUAGACAAACCCCUCUGAUGCUGUCGGUGCUGAGCGGACACACAGACUGUGUGUACUCACUGCUCAACAAGGGAGCCAGAGACAAAUGGCACAGAACAGCUCUACACAGAAGGGUAGUGAGGAGACGUCCGGACACAUCGUGGUGCUGCGGUGGCUCCUACACACCGCCCAGUCAGUGUGGACCCUCCCCGUCAUCACAGACAACCAGGGCUACACGCCAAUACACUGGGCCUGCUACAACGGUACGUACUGGACAGAGGGACAGCGAAGUGAGCCCGAGGCCACAAACAAAUACACACAUAAAUAUAGCGUGUCUUAAAUCACCACAGCCAGCUUCGGGAGGGCACGAACCGAGACAGUCCGCACAGGAGCCUUAAAAGUCCCUCAGACUGAGAGAGAGAGAAAAGGGGGGAGGGAGAGGGGGAGGCACAACAGGCUGGCUGGCCCACACUCAUCCUCUCGUACCACCAGGUGUCCUUCCAGCAGAUACUGGACUUCAGAGGAACUGCUGCUUCUAUACCCCAUCUUUACCUUUACCCACAAAGGUCCUAAACGGUAGAAAGUGUCCGGCCAACAGACAGACGCCUUAUGAUGGCAAUAACCUGUAGUCCAAGGGGAUUUUAGCACCUCACUGAGAGCAAAACAGACAGGGACCAAAAGAUGUGGAAAAAGCAUUUUUCAUGAGAGUGAUUGUCUUGUUUAUCCGCACACUAAGACAGUCAGAACGCACCUAGCCUCUUGUCUGUAAUCCAUGUGGGAGGAGGGGAAAUCAUACAUUUUUUAUGAACAAACAUUUUAAUAAAAUCAUUCAUGUCUUAAGCUCUGUGGGAAUCAAAACAUCGUAGUAUUUGCUCUCAUGAGUAAUUGUAAAGAUUUGAUGAUCCCAAAUGGAACCCUAUUCCCUAUACUGAAUAGUAAACUACUG